GUUAUAUGUAAAUUAUAAAAUCAAAACUUUUUAUUUUCAUCUUUUUAUCAAUAUAUAAAAAAUAUGACUUCAACUUGUGAGGUGGAUCCUCAAGUAUUAGAAAAACUUCGUAAAUUCAGAUUUUCGAAAAGUUCGAAAGGAAGUGCCGCAUUUGUUUUGAAAAUCGACAGGGAAAAAUUACUGGUCAUGGAAGAUGAACAAUAUGAUAAUAUAUCAUUAGAAGAACUUAUUGAAGAGUUACCCGAAAAUUCUCCGCGGUAUAUCGUAUUAAGUUAUGAAUUAUUACAUGAUGACGGACGCAAAUCAUACCCUUUAAUUUUGAUUUAUUAUUCACCAGUUACUACAAAUCCCGAGACGAAUAUGCUGUAUGCAAGCGCGAAAACUUAUUUUCAACAAAAAGCAGAUUUAAAUAAGGUAUUUGAUAUUCGAGAUACUGAAACACUAACGGAUGAAUGGUUAAAAUCAAAAUUGCUUCCUUAAGAUAUUUUUAAAAUUAUUCUAUAUAAUAAAAAGAUUUGAAAAUAUGAAAGAUUUAUUUGUAAUACAAAUGGCAAAGCCACAUUAUUACAUUAUUUAUAUUAAUUAUUAAUUAAUUAAUUCAAUUUGACAUUUUUGGCAUCAAAUCAUUUUAGUAAACCUGAAAUUUUU